CCCGAAACGGAACUCACACGCCAUGACGUUCGCGCGCUUUUUAACCACCGUCCGCACGUUGCUGCUGCCUCCCUCAGUGCUGCUCUGCCCUCCGUAGUUGUCGUCCCAUUAUUUCUGGUCCCUUCUCAACACCGAGCGGCCGCUGGAGCAGGACGGUGAGGCGUCCAUCUUUCACUGUGAGAUUUCAUGUGCCUGAGAGCCUGACCCACGCCUGUUAAAUGGCUGCGCCGGCCUCCACCUCUCGUGCCUCCAUCGCCGCCUCCGUGCCUGAGGGUUUCCGCUAUGAAACGAAGUACGUGGUGCUCAGCUACCUUGGACUGCCGCCCGUCGGCAGAUUGCAGGCUUCAGUCGCAGAGGACGGGGACGCUCUGGAUGAGAGGGAGACGGCCAGAAAGACCAAAGAGCAGAUCGAGGAGCAGCUGAAGCAGCUGGAGCAGGACAUUUCUGAAGCCUUUCCCAGCUCGGGAUUCGAUCGGCAAACGUCACCCGUCUUCAGCCCGGCAAACCCGGACAGCUCCGUGGAGGACUGCCUUGCCGCCGUCGGAGACAAAGUGUCCCGAGACGUGGACGUGUACUUGGAGGCAGCCGUGCAAACACUCCUAGCAGGACCUCUGGACUACGACGCGUUCAGAAGUACGGCGCUGGAUCUGUCGGCGCACACACCCGGAGGCUGGAGUAAGGUUCUUGUGCCGCUGCUGCUGCUCCAAGCGCUGCUGCAGAAAGGAAAGCCUUUGACCGGCGUGCUACCGCUGGGACUGCGCUGGCUGGAGGAGGAAGAGGCCGACUUCAUCAUCCAGCAAGGAGGAUGGGGUGAGAUUUUCAACCUGCUUCCUGAGGAGGAGCGCGGCGAGGCCAUCGCCGAGGACAGCAACGACAUCUACAUCCUGUCCGGCGAGCAGCCCCCCGACCAGCUCAGCCCCCCCCUGUCGCUGCUCGGCGCCGGGGACAACAGCAGCGAGCAGAGCUCCUGGCAGACGGAGAGCUUACCCGUGUCUCUGGCCGGACACGAGUCGUGGGCGCAGGUCGGCGCGAUGGACCCGGAGGAUGUGAAGAGCCUGGACAGCAACGAGGGCGUGGCGCUGGCGGAGGAGCGCAGCGAGAACAACUCCUCCAACUCUGACAUUGUCCACGUGGAGCGCGAGGAGGCGGAGCUCCUGGAGGAGGGCGGGGAGGUCGGAGUGAUAGAGGAAAGCAUGAUGAGCGUCUUGGGCACCGAGAGCGAGCUGGCCGAGCUCAGGGCGGAGUUCGACCCGACCCCCGUCGCCCCGGACGCCACGCCCCCGGCGUCCCUGGUUUCUCUGGAGGAGCCGGUCGUGAUCGAGACGCCCGAGAGCCUGUCGGCAGAACCGUCUCUGGUGUCUUCAGCCGAGCUGCUCGCUCCUCUCUCAGAAACUGCUGUGGAUCCUCAGCCUGAACCAGAACCAGAACCCAAACCAGAACCAGCUGCUACCACCACCCCAGUGCCUGCCGGACCGAUAACUCAAUUUGUGGUCGAGGAAAUCCCAGCGGAGCCCGAAGUCCCGUUAGAAACGGUUCCAGAACCGGAGGUGGUGACUGCUCCUCUUUUAGCCCCGCCCUCCGACCCCCCCGUGGUCCCAGUUCAAGCUCCAGUGAUGGAGGAGGCUCCCGUGGCGCCGGAGCUGCCGGUGCUGCUGUACGGCGGCGCGGCGGCGGUGCUGCUCGUCGCUGUGGCUUAUGGAGUCUUUAAGCUGAGAAAGAGAUAAAAACGAAGCUCCGCCGGUACGAACCCCAAACGCGUCAAAGUGCCCAUCAGCUGACCGACCGAUCCCUCGUCACCAGUGCAGGUACGGACAGGAAGAACGCCGCCGCCGUCGUACGCCCGUCUCCCUGACCUUUCACACACUCUUGAAAUUCCCGACUCCAAACUCCCCCGAUCCGUUAGCUCUGGUCUCCCUCAAACAGUUUGAGUUGUUCCGUUUGUGGGUAGACAGCCUGAACAAACCUCGCCGUUCACACGGUCGCCCACCGUCGCUUUUAGUCUCUUUUCUUCUAACUGUGAAAAACAAACAGGAUUUAGUCUGGAGCUCCAUGGGAGGGGGGCGGGGGCUCUGCUCCUGCAGCAUGCUUUUAUUUUGUGUGAUUUGUAACAUUAAAGAGUUUAACCCCCCAGGAGGAAAAUGUUUUAUGUCCUUCAAAAUGCUGAAACACUGAGGAGUUUAUGAAAUUCACCUGGAGGUGUGAAAGUUGACACAUUAACACGUGCAAUUAAUGGAACAUAAUUAAUGCAUUAAUAUGUAUUAAUGACCUCAGCUUAAUAAAACUCGAUGUAAAACAC